UAGUUAGUAAAGUUCAACAUUUUGAAUUAGAGCAGUUCACAUAAAAAUGGAGGGAUGCAGGUACUACGUGGUAAUGAUACUGGUUCAGCUGGCCUAUGGUGGAUCAAGCGUCCUCGUAAAACUUUCUCUCGAGGAAGGUCUCAAGCCAGUUGUCUUUGUGGUUUAUAGGCAUGUUAUGGCCAUGUUUUUGCUAGCACCAUUUGCUUAUUUCCUUGAAAAGAAGCAGAGACCCUCAAUCUCAUUUUCAAUAGCUGCAAAAGUUUUUGUGCUGACAUUAUUUGGGACUACCAUCCAUCUCAAUGUGUACUAUACUGGUUUAGCAUACACGUCCCCCACUGUUGCUUGCGCCUUGAGUAAUGUAGUCCCAAGUUUGACGUUUGCAAUGGCGGUUCUGCUUCGGAUGGAGAAUUUGAAUAUUAAAAGUGCCAGAGGUCAAGCAAAGGUAGUUGGUACACUUCUUUGCAUCGGUGGUUCUCUAAUGUUCACUUUCUGGAAAGGAUACCUAUUCCAGGGUUUUGUUGAGAAGCCACUGAUCAGUGUAUAUAGCACUGAGUUGAAGCACGGUAACGAAAACUGGAUUAAGGGUUCUGGUCUUAUUCUGACUAGUCACAUAGUAUGGUGUUCGUGGCUGAUUCUCCAGGCUGUGGUCUGCAAAGUCUACCCUGCUCCAUUGUCACUGACCACCCUCAUAUGCUUCUUCGCAUCGCUGCAAUCUUCCAUUGUUGCUUUGUUUUUUGCAAGAGAUCAAGCUUCAUGGAGACUUGAUUCGAAUGUGCAACUUUUAACCAUCGCCUACAGUGGAUUUGUGAGCUCAGCAUUAGUCUAUUACCUGCAAACAUGGUGCAUCAGUUACAAGGGACCAGUUUUUACAGCUAUGUUUAGCCCCCUACAAGUCAUUAUAGUUGCACUGUUCUCGGCAUUCGCUUUUGCAGAGCGACUUCACGUCGGCAGCUUGAUAGGAGCAUUUCUCAUUAUAGUUGGCCUUUACUGUUUUCUAUGGGGAAAGAAGAAAGAUGGCCUUGUUGCUGAACUCACAGAGAAUGAAAAAGGAGUACUUAAUGAUGAUAAGGUGCUCGGCAUUUCCCUGAACGAUAUCAAAGUGACGAAUCCUGUGACAAUAGAUCCUGUAACUACAGAAAGGACGUAGUUGUAACCUAAGAACAGUUCAUGAAAAUGAAAAGUUUGUUUCAUCAUGAUUCAGAAAAUCAAUCCCAAAUGGAACUGAUGUUUAUUCA